AUGUCAUGCAUAUUGAGAAGAACUUCUUCGAUAAUCUGAUGAACACAGUCCUUAACAUCCAAGGUAAAACGAAGGAUAAUUUGAAGUCAAGGUUGGAUUUAGUCGAUAUUUGUGAUCGUUCUGAACUUCACGUUGAUGAGAACGGUACGGCCCCUUUUCCCAUUUAUCGGCUAGAUGGUGCUAGAAAAGAAGAGUUCUUUGAUUGGAUUACAGAGAAAGUGAAAUUUCCUGACGGAUAUGCAUCAAAUUUGGGGAACUGCGUUGAUAGAAGCGAAAGAAAGUUUACUGGCUUGAAGAGUCAUGAUUGUCAUGUAAUUAUGCAGCGCCUCCUUCCGUUUGCCUUUUCAGCAUUAUUGCCACGUAAUGUUCAUGAAGCAAUUGCAGGGAUUAGUGUUUUUUUCCGUGACUUAUGCAGCAGAGUAUUGACUGAAGAGGGUAUUAAUAAUUUGAAGACAAACGCACCAGUCAGCAUGUGCAACCUUGAGAAGAUAUUUCCUCCAUCAUUCUUUGAUGUAAUGGAACAUCUUGCUAUUCAUCUCGCAAGAGAAUUGGAACUUGGUGGUCCUGUGCAGUACAGAUGGAUGUAUAUUUUUGAGCGUUAUAUGCAUCAUCUGAAGAAGAUGGUCAAAAAUCAAAGCAGGGUGGAAGGAUCUAUAGUGGCACAGGUGAUCAAUGAAGAAACUGCAAUCUUUGCUGAAAAUUAUUUUCCACCAGAAGUGCAAACAAAACACCGAAGACCUGCUCGGCAUGAUGAUAGAGGGGAGAGAGCAACAUAUCAUGUUACUGUCCCAAGCAUGUUCAAGGAAAUAGGACGACUUAGUGGAAAAUUCACGAAGCGGAGACUUACGGACACUGAGCACGCUCAUUUGCAAACAUAUUUGUUCACCAACUGUGAAGAUGUUCUACAAUAUGAGAGUGUAUAUAUGGCGGAGUUGCGUAUGACUCACAGGCAUGCAACAGAAGAUGAGCUUCGACAACUUAGAGAUAACGGAUUUGCUGCGUGGCUUCGUAGUUAUGUGAAUGAUGGUUUGGCCAGAGGUCUUGUGUUCGAUGAUUGGAUACGCGAAUUUGUGCAGGGACCAAACUAUGUGGUCAAAUCAUAUCCUAAAUUUUGUACGCGAGGAUAUGCAUUCACGAGGAAAGGUCAUUCUAAGACAAUAUAUGCUGGUGUAGUGUUUGUUUACUGAUCCUAGUAAAACUCU